AUGCACAGCACCACCUACAAUUCAUCAGGUGCUGAAAAACCUCAAGCUGAAAUACAGCAAGACCUGGUCAACACGAAGGCUUGGAUUCACAAAAGGGCAAGUAAAACUGAUGCCUUGAAACCAGAGCACCCAGAGAUAACUCGUGAUGGAGAUAUCAUAUUAGGUGGAAUUUUUGGGAUGCAUUCUUACCACGUUGAGCAUCGGCAAUUCACGUUGAGCAGUCGCCCUGAGCCAGCAAAAUGCAUCAGCUUUCGGUUCAGACCUUUCCGUUUUGCACUGGCGAUGAUUUUUGCAAUCGAGGAAAUAAAUAACGAUACAGCUCUACUUCCCGGUGUCACACUGGGAUACCGUCUGUACGAUUCUUGUAAGUUGACUCAGUUAUCGCUGAAAGCAGCUAUGGCGUUUCUGAACAAACCCGAGGCAAACACGCCCUCUGUUAAUUGUAAAAACUCCUCCGUUGUUUCUGCCAUUGUUGCUGAUUCUGGAUCUACGAGGUCUUUAGCAAUAGCACCUUCCAUGGGUAUCUUCAGAAUCCCUAUGAUUAGUUACUUUGCAACCUGUGCAUGCCUGAGCAAUAGAAAAGAAUAUCCAUCAUUUUUUCGAACAAUACCAAGUGAUUACUAUCAGGCGAGAGCAUUAGCCCAGCUGGUGAAGCAUUUUGGAUGGACCUGGAUUGGGACAGUUAAGAGCGAAAAUGACUAUGGAAACUUUGGAAUGCAUGCAUUUGAAGAGGCAGUUCAACAGUUAGGCAUUUGCAUAGCCUUUUCUGAGUCAUUUCACAUAACAUAUGCUCGAGAGAAAUUACUGAAAACAAUUGACACCAUUAAAACCUCUUCUGCAAAAGUUGUCGUUGCCUUUGUGGGAGAAUCAAACAUGCGGACUUUACUAAAAGAAAUGAUUAGACAAAAUGUCAGUGGCAUACAAUGGAUUGGAACUGAAUCAUGGGUUUCUGCAUUGCUUCUUUCUCCGGAGGAAACCAAAAAGAUUGCUUCUGGUACAAUUGGAGUUGCAAUUCGCAAAGUCCAUAUACCAGGGUUGAGAGAGUUCCUAAUGAAUGUUCAUCCAUCCUUGUAUCCAGAGAACCUUUUGAUCAAAAUGUUUUGGGAAAGUUGUUUUGGCUGUACUCUAACUGAUGGAAACAAAACAGAUUCACGAAAAACUGAAUCGGAGCUGAAGAAAUGCACAGGAAGAGAAAAUUUACAAAAUGUCCAAAAUGAAUUUACUGAUGUCUUGCAAUACAGAGUCACUUACAACGUGUACAAAGCAACUUAUGCAAUAGCUCAUGCACUUCACAAUAUGGCGUCAUGUAAAACUGGGUCAGGGCCUUUCUCCAAUGGGAGUUGUGCCAAUAUUUCAAAUUUUCAACCAUGGCAGUUACUAUAUUAUAUGAGAACAGUGAAAUUCACAACCAAGAUCGGAGAAAAAGUUUAUUUUGAUGAAAAUGGAGACCCUGUCGCAACAUAUGAUAUUGUAAACUGGCAACCAAAUGCCCUCGGUAACAUCGACAUUGUAAAUGUUGGGCUCUAUGAUGGAACAGCUCGUUUCGGAGAAGAACUUUCAAUAACAGAAGGGGCGAUUGUUUGGAGUGGUGGUCAGAAGUUGGUACCUAAAGCUGUUUGUUCUGAAAGCUGCCAUCAAGGAACAAGAAAAGCAGGAAGAAAAGGACAACCCGUUUGCUGUUUUGAUUGUAUACAAUGUGCGCAGGGUGAAAUUAGUAACACAACUGAUUCCAUUCAUUGCAUAAAAUGUCCAUUGGAAUUCAAAUCUAAUGAAAGACGGGAUCAGUGCGUUCCAAAGGAAAUUGUGUUCCUUUCCUUUUUCGAGACAAUGGGAAUCAUUUUGAUGACACUGGCGCUGUUUGGAGCCUGCACCACUAUUGCUGUAUUUGCAAUAUUCUACAUCUACAGACACACACCAAUUGUGAAAGCUAAUAACUCAGAGUUAAGCUUCCUUCUACUUUUUGCCCUGACACUUUGUUUUCUGUGUUCAAUUACAUUCAUUGGGGAACCUUCAGUUUGGUCUUGUAUGCUCUGCCACGUAGCAUUUGGUAUUAGUUUUGUUCUUUGCAUUUCUUGUGUAUUGAGUAAAACAAUUGUUGUGGUGAUGGCGUUCAAAGCAACAUUUCCCAGCAAUAAUAUGAUGCAGUGGUUUGGACCAAGACAACAACGGCUGAUGGUUUACAUCCUCACACUGGUACAAUGUGUAAUAUGUACUGCCUGGUUAAUUGUAUUUCCACCUUAUCCAUUGAAAAAUACUAGUCACUCUAAUGAGAUAAUCGUGUUUGAAUGCAAUGUAGGAUCUUUGUUAGCCUUCUACAGUGUACUUGGUUAUAUUGGAUUUCUGUCCUGUGCAUGUUUUGUCAUGGCUUUUCUGGCUCGACAACUUCCAAAUAACUUCAAUGAAGCGAAACACAUAACGUUUAGCAUGCUUAUCUUUUGCGCAGUUUGGAUAACUUUCAUUCCAGCUUACAUAAGUUCGCCAGGGAAAUAUGCUGUGGCAGUUGAAGUAUUUGCUAUUUUGGCUUCUAGCUUUGGUCUUCUUAUUUGCAUUUUUUCUCCAAAAUGUUACAUUAUUCUGUUGAAGAAAGAAAACAAUACAAAGAGGAACAUGAUGGGCUCAGUGGAUUCAAAAAAAUUCUUUAAGCGUGUUGAUAAAUGA